GAGAGCCAGGCGGAGGGGGGGAGUUUGGGGAGGGGGAAGAGCAGGAGGAGGAGAAAAGGAGGGGGGAGAGACUACAAACUAGCAAGGAUGGGGUGGGGGGUGGGGAGGGAAGGGACGGGGGGGUGGGGGGGGGAGAGAAGCGAUCGCGAGAAAAAAAAAAUGCAACCUCCCAAAAUAAAGAGCAAAGAUUGCAUUAGGAGCGAACAGCGCUGCAGAAAUAGAUGGCAGCUUCGUGUCAGUGAGUUUGCAUCCCCCUUCCUGAUCCACGAGCUGGAGUGAUUAGAGCCCUGGAAGGGAAUUGUUACUCCCGUGGAGAAGUCCCCUUUUCCUGGCAGCGGUCUGCACUUGUACACGCUGGAUGCCUCUCUCCAUCCACCCCACUCACUCUCUCCUCUCUCACCUCCUCUCUUCCUCUCUCCUGCAUUGAUUUUUUUUUCCUUUUUAGUUGACUGAAACAAAACAAAACAAAAGGGCCACUGGAUGUCUGCCUUCUUGGGGGGUGAGCCAGACAGACUGACAAACAAACAGACCCAACUGUGUUCGGGGGAGGGUUUCUCCUCCCGUUUUGCCCGGCAGCAGCAGCAUGGACGUGUUGGCUAGUUAUAGUAUAUUCCAGGAGCUACAACUUGUCCACGACACCGGCUACUUCUCAGCUUUGCCAUCCCUGGAGGAGACCUGGCAGCAGACAUGCCUUGAAUUGGAACGCUACCUACAGACGGAGCCCAGGAGGAUCUCGGAGACCUUCGGUGAGGACUUGGACUGUUUCCUCCAUGCUUCUCCUCCCCCGUGCAUUGAGGAGAGCUUCCGGCGCUUGGACCCGCUGCUGCUCCCCGUGGAAGCCACCAUCUGCGAGAAGAGCUCGGCGGUGGACAUUCUGCUCUCUCGGGACAAGUUGCUCUCUGAGACCUGCCUCAGCCUCCAGCCAACCAGCUCUUCUCUCGACAGCUACACGGCCGUCAACCAGGCCCAGCUCAACGCAGUGACCUCAUUAACGCCCCCCUCGUCCCCUGAGCUCAGCCGCCAUCUGGUCAAAACCUCACAGACUCUCUCAGCCGUGGAUGGCACGGUGACGUUGAAACUGGUGGCCAAGAAGGCUGCGCUCGGCUCAGUAAAGGUGGGAGGGGUGGCGACGGCGGCGGCGGCCGUGGCGGCAGCGGGGACAGUUAAGAGCGGACAGAGCGACAGCGAGCAAGGAGGGGUGGGGGCCGAGGCGUGCCCCGAAAACAAGAAGAGGGUUCACCGCUGUCAGUUUAACGGGUGCCGGAAAGUUUAUACAAAAAGCUCCCACCUAAAGGCCCACCAGAGGACUCACACAGGUGAGAAGCCUUAUAAGUGCUCAUGGGAAGGGUGUGAAUGGCGUUUUGCACGAAGCGAUGAGCUCACGAGGCACUACAGGAAACACACAGGUGCAAAGCCCUUUAAAUGCAACCACUGCGACAGGUGUUUUUCCAGGUCUGACCAUCUUGCCCUCCAUAUGAAGAGACAUAUCUAAAAACCCUAAAGGCCAGAGUUGCCAUGGCGUCGGCCGUUGUCUAAAGGAAAUGCCGUGAGGCAGGGGGCUGGACUUCAGGCGGGGAGCCAUUGCCUCGCAGAAGAAAGUUCUCACGUAUAAACCUCUGUGUACACACGCACACACACACACACACACACACACACACACAGACACGCACUCACAUAGACCCACACACACGCACUGUCAUGCACUCAGCUAUAUUUAAAAUAUAUACGUCUAUUCUUUAUGCCUUGCCCUUGCCAGAUGGUGGAAGACGAAGAAGAAGGAAACCAGGUGAACUCAGCAAGGCAGACUGGCUGCUUACUUCAGCACUAUUGGAAUUAUUUCCCGCUGUUGCCAAUGGAAAUCAAAGAAAAUGGAUGUGACGUCUCUGCAGGUGGACGGCAGUAAGAGGGGCUUAUUUAACUUGCUUCUCAGUGCAACUUGAUAGGAGAAUACAACGUCUUAAAGUUGCAUAUGUGUAGCACUGAUGUUUCUUUUUAAAUAGUUGGGGGAAAAUGACCUAGAAAACCAAAUUGCAGUUUGGUAGCCAAAAUUAACUCUUGGUUUAUUUGUCCUUUGUGUGUGAAAAGUCCUACUAUUCCGUGCGUCCGACUUCCUCACAGAACUGUUGAUCGGUUUUGGUUCUUCUUAGUACUAUUGAGAUCUUUCGAGUCAAUACCAACGGCCUUAGCGGCGGCAGACUCUGGAAUAACACCUUACACCUUUCUGGCCUGCAUUUCUCUAGACUUCACUCUCAAGGGAGGAGUUUUCUUUUCUUACUUUUUGACUCUUGCACACCAUAUGCACUAGGGAUUCUGGAAACUUCUAGCAUGACUGCAAAGUGGCCAAGAGAAUAAAGUCCUUGAUGAUAAAUCACAGUAUAUCCCUUGAGCCUCACCUUAUUGCCAGUGCUAGAUUUUUUCUUUUUAAUCUCUCUGUUUUUGCUAACGAAAACUUGAAAAAGCUUAUUUGGAAGCUUAAAUGUUUUAUCUUUUCUCCAUGGACUAAACCUCUCCAGGACUCUCUCGGCACCUGGAUGUCCAGCUCUCGAAGCAGCCAAUCAGAUGGGACAUCACAGUUCUCUCAUCCCCCUUGAGGCAUCAUGACCUCAGCUCAUAGUGACCAACCCCGUGCUGUGUGUCAUUGCCACCUUAGAACCACUUUCAGCAUAGAUGUCGCUAGUCUCAAAGGGCAGCUGCAUAUUUAACCUAACUCUGGGUUCUGACCUGACAAAAAGCCAAAAAUAUCACUCUUUCCAGGAGUGGGGAGAACUGAGGAUGCCUCCCGAGUCUAGUGGCUUCAGAAAACAUCAUCCUAUCUUCCUCUCUCAUACCCACUGAGCUCAUAUUCCCCCACUUGUUAAAACACACAAUUCGAAAUGCCAUUGUGGGAACGAAGGGUGGACGUUUAAGGAAAGGGUCGAGAAGUUUCUCUCAUGGUCUGUCUGAAAGGAGAGACAUAUUUCUAAUUCUUUUUGGCUAGACCCCCCAUGACUCGUGACCUAGAGCACCCAGGAUCAACAGAGGCCUCACACGUACUCUGCAAGCUGACUCCAAGGGGGCAUACAUUCCUCAUUUUCAGCCCACACACAUCCAAUAUCGGUCUCUAUCUACCCGCAUUCUUAGCUAGCUGGCCCUGGCCUCAACUCCAAAGACUGCCUUUAGGACCAUUAAAUGGCCUAUGCAAGCAAGCGGGGUGGUUAUUAGGACAGAUUGUAUAUUUUGUAUAUUCUGGGACCAUCCCUUCAAGACACGUCUAAAAAAAAAAAACAAAAAUGGCGUUUGGUCCGCACAUGGUUGCUGCUCCCUCAUACCAGCUGGCUCCCCUUCUGCCCUCCUUUGACUGUUUGACUCAUUGACUGUUAAAAUGCCGCCCCAUAUCUAUUUGGGAUGCAACACUGAAGUCUUUAAAAGGAAAUAAUAAUCUAAGCAACACAAAUACAUUUCUGACAGCAACCUUCAAGAUCCUUGGCAUUUGGUUUCUCAGCUUUCUGCAACCUUUGAUUUCACUGAGGUGUUGAAACUAUUCGUCUAAGGGUAAAGGAGCCUCCUUAUCACAAAUGCUAUAACUGCCAGUUGGACACUUGGGCGUUCUGAGGUCUGGCCCUUAAAGUUUUCUUUCUCUUUUUCGUUUUUUUUCGAUGUAGACCAAAAAACAAAACAACAGCAACAACAGCAACAACAACAAAAACCAACAACAGCAACAACAACAACAGCAAAGAAAAGAAAAAGAAAAACCACCCUAAAACACACACACACACACACACACAUAAAAUAAAAUCUGCCCAUUUGCCGGAGGCAAUUCUGUAUAUGUUAGUUGGAGGGUAUUUAAAAAAAAAAAAAAAAAUCAGUUUUAUUCCAAAGAUUUAAAACUAGACAUGACUUAGAAACAUUUUCUGGAGCACUGCUUGCUGACAAUCUUAUAGUCCUCUACUGCAUUUGAGUGCAUUUUGUGGCCAGUCCAUCAGGGCGUAUCAUGGGAUUCUAUUUGAAUGUGUGGUGCAUCCUUUCUGGAUGAAGGAUGUGUGAGGGACCCUUAAACCUCAGCUGUAUUAAACUGUAGCGCCUCCAAUCAGUGCACUAGAUGAAACUUUAGACACCCCAGAUUUUGUUGGUUCGUUGAUUUCCCUUUCUAUAGCAGCCUCCAGCAUGAAUGCACGCACAGACCAGUGAUGGCAUUAGCCGUGGCUGCCACGAUUUACAAAUGUUCUCUCCCCUGCUGGAGCUGCUCUUGCCUCUCGAAAUGCUAUUAUUAAGGGUUUAUAAUACUGAAUUUAAUUUUUGAACUGACCAAUGCAAGGCUCUAUUAAAAAGAAAGUUUAAAAAAAAAAGAACGCAAAAGAGUAAUCAUUGCUUGUUUGCUCCCUGUUGUCAUCUGUGGUCUUGAAAAGUUCUCAUUUGAAUGUGGCGGAACAAAGGCCCUUUUGGUCCUCAUCAGUGUCUGAAAUGUUCAGUAAUUCCUCUCUCUUUUGUAUCAGUGAGGUCCUUUGUAAUCUGCUCCUGACCUUGGUCGGAGCAGGGCGCGCUGAACCACGAUGGUGAGGCUUACUUGCUUCAGAGUCCUUUGUGGGCUGUGAGAAUUGGCCUGAAAUUCGGUGGGUGCUAAGUGUAUGGCUUUGAAACUGUUCUUCUCUAGCCUGGUUGACACCUGUGAUCGGUGACCUAGCCACAAAAGCGAGGGUAACACCCCAUCAUUUUGGAAACGGAUUCGUGAUAAGAUGUCCAUCGUCUCUGAAAUGGCAGAGAUGGUUGGUAAGAGCCUGUGAGCGGGAGCAGGCUUUCCAGGAAAUAACCAUCUGAAGAUGCUUUGCCCCCCAAGAGGACAGGUUAUUUAAAACCGUGCUUUAAUGGACAUUUAAAACACAUUAAACCACUUUCUCAUUUAAAUCGUUACCUCCUGACAUUCCCGGGGAUCCCAAAUUUGGAAGGAAAAACCUGGCAUGGUGUUUCCUGCGGUUGUCCUCUCGAGCACAUUUUAUCCAGGGUUCAGAGCUGGAUGUUCAGAGGAAGAGUGUUUCUAAGCCAUUGACCAUUUCCUUUCUUUCAAGUUGUGCUUCUGAAUCCUCCUGCCACAUGGCUGUGAGUCAAAGAUGUGGAAACGUGAAAUUAUCAUGCUUCUCCUAGCUACUGGCCUCCUGCCCCACUAACAGUUAAUUGGCCCAGCCUAAAGCCUGGUGGUGAUGAGUCCUAUGUCCAGAAAAAGAAAUGUUCAGAUUCCAUGACAAAGCUGCAUUUUAUAAAAAUAUCGGAAACCCCAAAAUGAACUCAUGCUGGCCAUUUCCUCCUCCUCUCUAUGUGCUUUCCCUUGCAAAGCCCUUCAGACACCCCAUCUCCUCCCUUCCUGUGCCUCUUGUGCCCUUUUUACAUCUUUGAUUGCCUGAUUAUAACAGGGUAAAAAGACAGCCAACCUCACGCAUGAUUAGCAGAACUGAUUCCUAUCUUUAAAAAAAAAUCUUCUUUGAAUCCAGAAGCCAGAGAAGAUUUUUUUAAGGACUUUCCUUUGGGAUAAGCUUCCAGAUUAGCCAUGUCUAUUUGCAUCAAAAGGGGAAAUAAAUGGGACUUUCAGGGCAGCUCACCUAGUGCAUUCAGAACAUUCCGCCCAUAGCCCCUAUGCCUGAAUUGUAUGGCAAAGUCAAAAGGAAUGAACUCAAAUGGCAAGAACAACCACCUCUAGUGAUCAGUUUCAUUGGUUCAAAAUGACUUCCGCCAUGGAAGUCGCUUCAUAAAAUAUAAACUACAGUGCAGAGUACUUUUGUCUUGUCUUUUGCACAAGUUGGUUUUAGGAGAAGGAAGAAGGUAGGGAAAGUCAGAGAGAUGCGACGUAUUUAACUGCAAAAAUCAGGUUUGUCGUUUCUUUCUUUUUAAAAGAUCUCAUGAGGGCCAGCGUUUCUGGCCAUAAUUUUGCACCCAGAUCUUUGCCAAAGUGAAAAUUCGUCAAGCAGAGCCUGUUUGAAAUGUACAUGUGGAAGCUUUCCCUGGCAUCUUCCGGAAGUGGCCACCUGCCAAGUGUUGGGUGGGGGGGGGGGGGCGGUGGUCGUGGGAGGGUAGGGGCUGGAGGAGAGAAUUCGAAUUCUGAGUUUGGGUUAAAUUUCGGGAAACAUGGUGAUCUCUCAGUUUGGAAACUAGAGGGGCUGGCCUGAGCAUACACCAAUGCCUCUUUGACGGCCUCCUUUCCUCAGUGAGGAUCUUCGGGAAUACUUGAGAUGGAAUAACAAAAAUGCGUCCAAGGAAACAAAAACUGCUUGUAAACAUGAGAUCCCCUGACUAAUGGCCUGAGGCUUCAGGGUUUUCUCUUGCUUUUAACACUCUUAACCCCCCCUCUGUUGGUUCCUGAUAAAUAGAUCCCGGAAAAGGGGGGGGGGGGAAAUAAAGCUGCAAUUCACUUUUCUUCUGAGCGCCCUUCCAAUAUAGUACUGUAUUCUUCAGGUGUUUUGCAUUUACGUUUUUAAGUCCUCGGGAAACAGGUGUCAAAAAUGGAGAGCGAAAUCCUAGGCGGUCACUUCACUAAUAUCCCCAACCAGAUACUCUUUUCAAACAGGGCUCCCUCUCAGCGGUCAUGAGGGAAGGGUGAUACGUUCUUUGUUGGGGACUGUUUAUACAAUUUUUUUCAACUGUAAGCUUUGGAAUCGUAAACUGCUUUGACUCCAGCUUCUGUCUACUGCCAUAAAACGGACCCCACGUCAGAAUAAUGAGGGUGGUAUGUGUGCCCACGCCUAGACGGGCGUGCAGAUGUACCUAUUGUACCUUCGCAGAAGGAAAACAGGCUACUGACGUUUAAGAGGAGUAGCCACCAGUGCCUAAUAUCUUUUGGGGGGGACGGAUGCUUAUAAUGCCAGUAUAUUGAAACCACACUGGGAGCUCCACGUGGAGGGGAGGGGCGGCGGGUGGGGAGAGGGGACAUUUUAAUCCUAGGCCUUGGGACCGGAGGCAGAAUGAUUUCUGCAAAUCUAGGUUCCGAAAGGCUUUGGGGCUCAUUGGCUGGUUCUCAACCAUUUUCUUUCCUUUCCUUUUCUUUUUUCUUUCUUUCUUUCUUUCUUUCUUUCUUUCUUUCUUUCUUUCUUUCUUUCUUCUUUCUUUCUUUUUUUUCCAGCAUGCAUUUCCUAUCUAAACCCAGACCUGAUUUAAUUUCCUUAUCUUUCACUUCUGCUUCAUUCCAGGGAGGAAAAAUACACCUAUUAUGGCCAAGAUCUCCUUGCUAACACAGAGGCAAAAAUAAAUGUUGAAUGUUUUUGCAGCCUGCCCUUCCUUUCCAUGAAUCACCCCAAACUCCUUCUCUCUCAUCGCCCUGUCCCCAUACCCAGCACACAACUUCCCGACCACCACCACUUUUCUUUCAAAUCUCUAUUAUCCUCUUAACAGUUGCUUGAAGAAAUUUAUUUUUGCACUAUACAUUUUCUUUUUGCCAGAUGUGUCUAACAAGUGUGUUAGGAGAGACCUACUCCCAGCCCCCUCCCCUCCCCCGCCUCCCCCCAGGUCACAUUCUCUCAGGCCUUCUCUGGUAUUUAUAAUAUAUCACAGAAGUACCCAGUCUUAUAGCCCUCGGUUAUGCCUUUUUUUGACAUUUUAUUUUUUUUAAGCUUUUUAUAUAUAUAUAUAAAUAUAUUACUUUGUCAAGUUUUUUUGCUGUACAAAAGUCUUAAGAUUUAAAACUAUUAUUUGUAUUAUAUGAUGGUGGUAUGUUAAUGUUACAAAAUUAUUAAUGAAGAAAAAAUUUAUUUUUGUUACUGGUCUGUUUCAUAAUUCUUUUUUAAAUUGGUAUAUUGUAAGAUAUCUAUGCAAAAAAUGUUAUGUGACGCAUUUUUAUUUAAGAAUGUAAUAUGUGUAAUAAACAGUAGAAUGUGUUUGGCCUUGGAA